GUGUAGUUUCAGAACUCCUGUAAAAUAUGGAAGUGGUUGCUGCUGUGAAAAAAGCCUCACUAUCACUCUACCAGGACGGUGUACAGUCCUAUCACAGACAUGUAAAGUUUUUGGCUGUAGUGGGAGCUUUGUAUACUGCAAGGAAAUUAUUCAGUAUUCUACGCGGGUGCUGCAGCCUGGUCCGCAUGCACAUCACUUCUCAUCUGUUUGGCAGAACCAGCCUGGUCAGACAAUACGGGGAGUGGGCUGUUGUGACAGGAGCCACAGAUGGCAUUGGUAAAGCGUAUGCAGAAGAGUUGGCUAGACAUGGGCUGAACAUUAUCCUGAUAAGUCGCAGCAGUGAGAAGCUGACAAGGGUUUCUGAGGCCAUUGCAGAGACAUAUGGAGUGAAGACCAGCUGCAUACAGGUGGAUUUCAGCCAUGGGCGUGAUAUAUACCCCAUCAUUAAUGAGGCCCUAAGACAAGUGGAGGUGGGAAUUCUGGUAAACAAUGUAGGAUUAUUUGUUGAAUACCCCCAGUAUUUCUUGGAGACCCCUGAAGACAGAGUGUGGGAGUUAAUCAACGUUAAUGUUGCUGCAGCUGUAAUGAUGACUCGUAUAGUUCUGCCAGGUAUGACAGAGAGAAAGAGAGGAGCCAUUGUCAAUGUAUCUUCAGCGUCCUGUGUAAAACCCUGUCCUCUUAUGGCUGUGUAUUCUGCAUCCAAGAGUUUCAUGGACCAUUUUAGUCAAGCUCUUCAUUAUGAAUAUGCGUCCAAAGGGAUUUUUAUUCAGACCCUGGUUCCCUUUUUCAUAGUUACAAAAUUGACAUCAUUUAGCACUUUUCUUUUGAAAAAAUCAAUCCUUGUACCUACGGCUAAGGAUUAUGCUUAUAAGGCUGUGCAAACUUUAGGAAAAUCUCAUCGCACAACGGGACACUGGUCUCACUCCAUUCAGUUUGCAAUGGCUGAAAGUAUCCCAGAAUGGACUUGGGUGCCCAUAAUUAAAGUACUCUGCAGGAAACUUCGUCAAGAGUACAAUUCCAGCAGAUCAUGAUGACCCAUAUUUAUGAAACUGAAAAUCAUGAUUUGUUGCACAUCUGUGAUUAAACUCAAUUUAAAUUUUAGGAAGCAUUUUUUGCAUUGCUCAAACACAAUAUACGUUGAUAUACGGUAUAUACUAUUAAAUGCGUAAAGGUAA